UUAGGGUUUCUUUAACGCGCGGCUUUGCAGUUUCGCUAUUAGGGUUUUUUUCACCUCUCAUCUUCGAGUGACAAUCUCAGGGGUUAAAGAGACGGGUUUUGCGUCCCGUCCGCCUUGGCAAAGCUGUGCUUCGUCUUGGCCCUCGAGUCAGCCGCAUCUAUCUUAGGAAUUAUUUCCUUCCAUCGCCACUCUAACCCUAGAGGCUAGACAGGAUUUAGGGAUUUAUUUGGAUUCGUAAAUUUUUAGCGGUAAAGAUGACGGUGAAGCUCUCCAAAGCCGAGAAGAAGGUCAAGUACGACAAGAAGCUGUGCCGCAUGUUGGACGAGUACAGCAAGGUUUUGAUCGCGUUGGCUGACAAUGUUGGAUCUAAUCAGUUGCAGAAUAUCAGGAAGGGUCUGCGAGGUGAUUCCAUUGUUCUCAUGGGUAAGAACACUCUCAUCAGGAGGUGCAUCAAAGUGCACGCUGAGAAGAGUGGCAAUCAGGCUUAUCUAAGUCUCCUUCCUUUGCUCGUGGGAAAUGUGGGGUUGAUUUUCACCAAAGGAGACCUUAAAGAAGUCAGUGAAGAGGUUGCAAAGUACAAAGUUGGUGCUCCUGCUCGUGUUGGUCUUGUUGCCCCUAUUGAUGUUGUUGUUCCUCCGGGCAACACUGGCCUAGAUCCUUCACAGACCUCUUUCUUCCAGGUGCUCAACAUCCCUACCAAGAUUAACAAGGGUACCGUUGAAAUUAUUACCCCGGUCGAACUGAUAAAGAAAGGCGAUAAGGUGGGAUCCUCAGAGGCUGCCCUCCUUGCUAAGCUGGGGAUUAGGCCAUUCUCUUAUGGCCUUGUUGUCCAGUCUGUGUAUGAGGAUGGUUCGGUGUUCAGUACCGAAGUGCUCGAUCUCACUGAGGAUGAUCUCAUCGAGAAAUUUUCAACCGGUCUUUCUAUGGUCACCUCUCUCUCACUGGCUAUCUCGUAUCCCACCCUUGCUGCAGCACCUCACAUGUUCAUCAAUGCUUACAAAAAUGUCCUCGCCGUCGCAAUUGCCACUGAUUACACAUACCCGCAGGCUGAGAAGGUUAAAGAAUAUUUGAAGGAUCCCAGUAAAUUUGCUGUAUUUGCUGCACCUGUUGAAUCUGUUACUCCGGCUGCCUCUACUGCUCCGGCGGCUGCAGUGGAAGAGAAGAAGGAAGAGCCCGCUGAGGAAUCUGAUGAUAAUAUGGGUUUCAGCUUGUUCGACUAAGCUUUGUUGUUGGCCUUCUUCUAGAAAUAAAAAAUCACUAGUAAGAUUUGGAACAAUUGUCUUUGGAAGUUUUCAUUUUGUCGAUACUGUUUUGCAGAACUUUGAGCUGUUGAAUUUGUUUUGUUAGCAGUUUGGUGAUAAUAUUGUCUUUGAAUUGUCAUAAUUUAUCGUUUGUUAUGAAUCUUUUUUUUUUUUACUUUUAUUAGGACAUGUAUCCAUUUGCUUAUGAGAAAAUAAUGUUGUUGUUGCCGAAA